AUGUCAAGAGGGUCGAUUCCUCUACUUAAUGCGACCGGACCCCCAUCCGACAACAUCUUACCCCGAACAAUUGAUCACCUACUGCUAGCAACGAAAAUUGAGUUUGAUCAACUCUUUGACACCACAGCAAAUGACUUCUACAUCUGUGUCCUGAUAGAGCUUGUCUCAAUGCUGCACGAAUCUCCUCAAUUAAGACAUCUUGCAAUCGUCGGAUUUGGUCAUUGUUGUCAACAAUACACUGCUGCACUUCGUCGCGGAGGAUUGACGUAUUCAAAGUCGUGCAAAACAGAUAGCUUUGCAGUAGCUCGAACUUGUCGAAUUCAUCGGAAUCACAGUUGA